UUUCACUGGCCGGUCCGUUUUUCCGACAGGGAGAACACAAAAGCAGAGAAUUCGUACCUCUUUCUCGCCUUCAAUAAUUCUGAUCCCCUCCUCCACUCUGUUUCAAGCUGUCAUCAAUGUCUUCUUCUUCCUCUUUCAUCUUCUCCUAAAUCGCGAAAGCAAACACAGUCGAAGAGAUGAUGCAUCGCGUUCUCCAUCUUCUUAUCAUCUCCACUCUUGCGAUCUCGAUCCUCGCCGAGAAUGAUUCUAUAUACGAUGUCCUUAAAGCACACGCGUUGCCGAUGGGGCUGUUACCGAAGGGCGUCGAGGAGUUCAACGUUGAUAUGGAGACGGGACAGUUCUCGGUUUACCUAAACCGGUCGUGCGAAGCGAAAUACGAGAGCGAGAUACAUUACGAGGCAAACAUCACGGGGACGAUAGGCUACGGAAGCAUCGGUGGUUUGUCCGGUAUAAAGGCUCACGAUCUGUUCCUGUGGUUUCCGGUUAAAGGGAUCCGUGUGGACAUACCUAGUUCCGGUGUUAUAUACUUUGAUGUCGGAGUUGUUCGCAAACAGUACUCCAUGUCUUUGUUCGAGACGCCUAAGGAUUGUGUUGCUGUUGAGAACGAGGCUGAGUUUCGUGGGGAUGAUAAGGUUCGGUCAUCUAUGUUACAAUUCCACGAAGUGGAUCAAAGUGAUGGGAGAGACAUUGUGUAGCGCCAAAAGGGUUGAUGAAUGUUGUAAUGAAGAUGUGUUUAAAGUAUACAAGUUUAGAAACUUUUAGGCUGCUCAUAGAUUUAUUUUUGAAGACACAUACACAUACACACAACCUUCUGUUUGAGGUCAGAUACUCACUUUGUUUGAAGUGGAAAUGAGAUGUGAGCGCAAGUUUAGACGGGAAGAACAAGUGUGGGAAGGUUUUGUAUGGAAUGUUGAGAUUCGGUUGUUGGAGCGAUCAUAGGUGAUUGAAUGUUUUGUUUUAUCAUGUUUUGCACUUUGUCAUGUAUUUUUUUUUUCUCCUUGUAGCAUAAUACAUAAUAUGUAUGUAAUGUAUAAUAGAUGUGUACCUGUGUAAUAUUCUUUAUCCCCAAUAAGAUUAUUUACAUUUUGCAGUAUUUUCCGUUCACUUGAUCAUAUUCUCUAGCAUCUUUUGUCUGUGAUGUUCUGGUUUAUGGCAUGUGUGCUCUGGCUGGUGAUUUUGUCCCAACUCUGUUUCGAUUGGUUUUCUUUUUAGUAUCUUCUGUUUGGGUUAUGUCUCCAUGUUAAGGCUUUGUCUCUGGAGGUUUGGAACCUGCCAGCUAUUGUAUUCUGCAUCUGAAUCCUACCUUGUAUCCUUCUUUGUUUCUCAUAUGAAUGAAGUUCAGUGUUAAAAAAAAAACAAUGAUAAAUAUGUCACUUAUUGUAAUAUAACAACCUUGCUUGUACAAGUUGCAGCGCCGGCCUAUAUAUAACUCGUUGAGCAAAUUGAACCAUGCCAGAAAUGCAUGUGUUAUGGUACUUCUUCUAGUUAAGGUUUUUGAUCAGAUUAAAUUAUUUUAACUUUUGGUGGUCAACUACUAAUAAGUAGUAGUAAGUGUGUAACCUCUGUUAUAAGAUAACAUGUGUUAUAUAUAUGCAUGAAAGAAACAUCUGAUUGCAACGGUGUAUUAUAAAGCUACACAUAAAAGAAGAUUUGGAAAUAAAGCAUGUGCCAGACAUACUGAAUGAGAAAGAAAGAGAUGUUUUGUACUAAUUGAGCCAGUAUGAAGCAAUCCUUUGCCAUGCUUUGCGGCUUGCUCACUUCAUGAAAACAAAAUUACAUUGAUAAGCGAUUAUGUCCUACCUUGAAUCAUUAGUACAUGACUUUUCAUCUUAUGAGUUGAUCAAAAUAUUAACCUUGAUAUAUUAUUGACAAAUUUGUAUGAUCGUUCACUCGCACUUUUCAAGUGGGCAAUGAACUUCUCUAACAAGAAUGAUAAAACACCAUUAUUUUAUUUGGUCCCUUGCUGAUCAGCUCAGAAGAUUUCCAUAAUUGAAAACCUGAAUUUGUGUACCAAACCAAUAUUGAUAACCAAUCUUUAUUUAUUAUUUAAGAAGUGGUUUGGUUUCAGUUUUAUUAAAUAAAUUAUUAUUACUAAUAAUCUAAAUUAGCAAAGCCGACUUAGCUCAGUGGUAGAGCGCGUGACUUUUAAUCACGUGGCCGUGGGUUCGAUCCCCACAGUCGGCGAAAUAUUAUUUUUUAUUCUAAUGAAUAUUUUAUCAUUUAUCCUCUGUGUCUCCUUCAACUGUUCCUCGUUAUGUAGUCUAUUCAUCUUCGUUUUUCCUCCUUUCCAUCUGAUCGGAGAAGAGAAUCUCUUAUUCCCUUGAUGAUUUGCUCAUUUCCUUUCUCCUCUUGUUCAUUCAAGCCAAACUAAACCCAGAAACUGAAACUUUGGGUUCAACUUUGAGCCAUUUAAUUGAUUAACAUUGUCCAAAAAGAUGAUAGAAAAAGAAUAUCGCCCAUUGUGUGCGAUGUUUUUUAAUCCAAUCUCGGUAGGUAAUGGGUAGCAUAUACACGUGUGAUGCAUAUGAUAUCACAUCACAUCUAGAAUGGGUGAGUUCCUUAGUAAAAGAAAAACAGAUACUUGCAUACAAUGUCUCUCUUUGUCUGCGUUCAUAUUAAAGAUUUAAAGAUUGUAUAUAUGUUAUUUCACCUGUGGUUAUUAGGUACACAAGACGCCCUUCCAAGUUCUUGAUGAAAUCACGUAUUAGUAUAACCACUGUUACAAGCUGCAAGGAAAGGUUUGAUGUGUCACUAUUUAAUAAUUGUAAUAUUUGGUUGGUUUAAUAUGACCAAUGUUGUGCCCAUCUGGUUAAUUUAUACACUGAAACAUAUUGUUAAUUUAUCCUCUGUAACCAUUCAGUUGGAUAAGGAAAACUGGAUAACUUUGAUUCCAACCAUAAUCUUGGCAUUAGUUAAUAAUUAAAUUAUUAAUUUACUUUUGCAAACGGAUUAGUUGAGACGAGACACGCCGAGUAGACAAGACACCACACAUAGCCCAAUAGACAAUAAGAUUAGGAAAAUAGGGCUAUAAUCGUAAAUAAAAAGAAAAGUAAGGGUGAGUCUCCGGACGUGAAAGCAAUUCUUAUACCCGUUUAGAAUCAUCGUACGGUUACAAAACGAUUCCGCUUCUCCGCUUCCAAAAUAAAUAACCAGAUAGUACCCUUCACACACGCCAUUUGCAUUUUCUCUCGAGUGUUGUUUUUUCCUUUCUCUCAAAGAUGGCUCAGGAAGAUGUUGCUUCGGUUGUUGAGAAGUCUGUUACCUUCACCGCGUACAAGCCCCAGCUGAUCGUGGAGUCUCAGAGGGUCGGUGACGCUGUUGCCUUCUACAAGACCGUGUUUGGUGCGGAGGAGACUGGUCACUCUCUCUACCCUAAGCGUAAGGCUGACCAAGAGCUUCCUCACCUUGUCUCUGCCGAGCUCAAGCUCGCUGGCACUACCGUCGUUGUUUCUGACGUCUCCGUUAACUCUAAUGCGAACAAGGGGUCCAUGCCUGCAAUCCUCGAAACUGAUGACGUGGAAGCGGCCGUUAUGCAAGCCGUUGGCGCCGGAGCUGUCAAAGUGGAGGAGGAGGUUGAAGGUGGAGUCAAGGGUAAAGUGACGGAUCCCUUCGGUUUCACAUGGAUCUUUGUUUCUCCGGCGAAGAAGAGUGAGAACGACGAGACCAAAGAGGCCUAACUGUCGUCGUUGUCUGAUCGGUUUCUGAACAAACUUUUAUUAUCCUAGUCUGUUUAUGCUUUUAGUUUGUCUUUUUGUGGAAUCUCCGGUAUCAAUAAACCGGAUCGGUUAGCUAAAUGACUUUAUUUCAAGUUUAAUUUUCACCCAUUUUGACAAUACUUUGGUGAAAGAAAACAAAAAUUAAUCUCGGAUGUUAAUGUUCUGUUGAUUUA